AUGCCGAGCCUACUCGCUUACCUCGCCGCUGCCGGCAGCUUCGCAAGCUUCGCGCAAGCCGCCGACGCCCCCGAGCCCCGGGUCGUCGGCUUCCCCAUCUUCAAGUCUCGGCGCCAGGCCCUGGCAAAUCUAGCCCGCCGCAACCUCGCCCGCCGUGACACCGUCACCGCUACUCUCGCCAACUACCAGUCGCUUUACCAGAUCAACGUCACCGUCGGCACGCCCGGCCAGCGUAUAGGCCUACAGAUCGACACAGGCAGCAGCGAUGUGUGGUUCCCGUAUGCCGGCUCCACCCAGUGCCAGGAGGGCGGCUGCGAGUCAUCUUUCGACCCUGGGGCUUCGUCAACUUUCGAAGACAUUGGAAGGAACGAGUUCCAGAUCCAAUAUGUCGACGGCACCUCCAUCACCGGAGACUACGUCCGCGACGUCUUGGCCAUUGGCGACACCAAGAUCAGGAACAUGACUAUGGCCGUCGCAAGAGACGCCGACGACACGCCCGAGGGAAUCAUGGGCGUCGGCUUUGUGCAGGAUGAGACACUGGCUCAGACGGAUAACCAGACGUACCCCAAUGUCCCAGUCCAACUGUUGCAACAGGGCUUCAUUAGUAGUCUUGCGUACAGUCUGUGGCUGAACGAUCUUGAUUCCAGCACCGGUAACGUCCUGUUCGGCGGUGUUGACAGCGACAAGUACACGGGAGACCUCAUUGGCCUGCCCAUCCAGCCAGACUCGCAAAGCGGCCAGAUCACCUCGUUCACUGUCGCCCUAGGUGGUGUCAACGUCAAGUCCAGCGGUGGCAAGAGUGUGUACAGCAAGUCAGACCUCGAUGUUCCCGCCAUCCUAGACAGCGGCACGACGCUGACACUGCUGCCGGACGACGUGGCCAACGACAUCAUCAACGGUGUGGGCGCGCGUGAAACGCGCGACUACGGCUACGUUGUCAAUUGCAACAUCGGCGACACGGGUGCCUCGAUCGAGUUCAGCUUCGGUGGCUCGGGCGGCCCUACAAUCAGCGUUGGCAUGGACGAGAUGGUGCUGCCGUUGACUGACACGGACGGCAACCCAGCACGCUUCCGCGACAGCGGCGAGGAGGCAUGCAUUUUCGGCAUCGAGCCCGCCGGCGACGCACCCAUCCUGCUCGGCGACACCUUCAUGCGCUCCGCCUACGUCGUCUACGACCUGCACAACCGCCAGAUUGCCUUGGCCAACACCCACUUCAACGCGACUUCCUCCAACGUCCAGGAGAUCACCAACACCACCAUCCCCGGUGUCAAGUCGGUCGUAUCCGGCCUCACCGUCACCCAGACUGCUACCGGCCCCAUCCGUCAGUCCGGCGCGGAGCAGAGCAAGACCGCCAGCGAGACUGGUGAGCCCGGAACCGGUACCUUCGACCUCGGUGCUUCCACCGGUACGAGUUCCUCGUCCAAGGGCGCCGCUCCUGUCGGCUUGCCUGCGCCGAGGAUCGCUCUCGAGACGGUCAUGUGUGGUAUCGUUGUAGCGCUUUCUGCUAUGUUCGGUGGUAGUUUGAUGAUCUUGCUCUAG